GCCGCAACCAUCUCUCUUCCUAAUCGCUAUCACGCUGAAAUGAUCACUGACUAGGUUUACGUCAGUGCUCAUGGAGGCUCGUCUUGACUCUUGGGGAUCACGUCUUCGGUCCUCUGACCACUCUGCCAUCCUCCAAACACGCUUGACCCAGCGCAGCACAGCACAGCACGGCCACGCGCCCCGCCGCUGCCUGAGCGCAUCACUAUACAUCAGCCAUGAUGGCCUCCAACCUCCUGUCUAGGCUACUUCCUUCUGCUUCAGACGAAACAUACGAACGCGAACCCCUCACCGCCCACGCCCGCCGCGACUCCACCUCGACCGAGGAGCGCCACGAGAUGGACAUUGACGAGGAGAACUUUGAGGCUCGCUUCGAGGAGCAAGACCUGGCACACCUGCUCGAGGAGGCCUCUUCAAGCCAGAUGACGGCUGAGAGUCGCGCCGUCUCUCCCGAGGCCAAACGCAACGCUCCGCCGGGCAUCAAUACCGCGAGUCGCAUGCCAGCUUGGAGACAGCCAGCUCCAGCUCGCACCGUACCGCUAGAUGACGACGACGACGUACCACAGUCUUUGCUUCUCGAAGGAGGACACGAGCCUGGGCCAAGUUCGACCCAGCGCAAUCAAGGCCUUCCCAUGCCGGUGCCUGGCCCAGCCACGCGGCAGACACGGGCACAAUGGGAUGCCACCCGAACACAGCAGCGGCUGCACGAUGAGGAUAGGAGCGGCCCAUCUUCGCGGCCGUGGGGACAUACCAGUAGGCCCGGUCACUUUGUAGCCGACCGGAAGGAGAAGGCAAUGUGGCUGUGGGUGAAUCAGACGGACUUGGACAACUACAUGACCGAGGUCUACGAAUACUACGUCGGCUGCGGAAUAUACUCGAUCCUUCUGAGACGAGCUCUAACGCUCGCGCAAACUGCUUUUGUAGUCGGAUUCAUGACAUUCCUUGGCUGGUGUAUUGACUACUCCAAGCUGUCAGAGAGCAACAAGAUGAGCCAGGUCUUGGUACCCAAGUGCGCUGCGAGAAUCCAUGGUUUUUGGAUAUUCGCCCUCUGGCUCUUCCUCAUCUACUGGCUCUACUCAUUCUACACCCUAGUCACAGACGUACCCCGACUUCGAGCCAUGCACGACUUUUAUCACUAUCUUCUCGAUAUUCCCGACCGCGACAUACAAACGAUACAGUGGCAGCAGGUAGUGACACGCAUCAUGGCAUUACGGGACUUGAACUUGGCGACUGCAUCGAAUCUGUCCCCACAGACGCGCAAGUUGCUCGAUUCAAAAAGCAGGCAGCGACUAGAUGCUAUUGACAUUGCAGGUCGUCUCAUGCGUCGUGACAAUUACCUGAUCGCUUUAUUCAACAAAGAGAUAUUGGAUGUCACUGUUCCGCUUCCCUUUAUUGGUGACCGGUACAUCUUCUCGGAAACAACUAGGUGGCACGUCAACCUCGCCAUCAUGGACUUCGUCUUUAGUGGACCAAACGGCCAGUUCAACCCCGAUUUCCUCAAGGAGCGCAACCGCCGAGAGCUGGUUAAGAGGUUAAAAACCCGCUUCUUCUGGACAGGUAUCAUUAGUAUCCUAUGCGCACCUGCCGCUGUAGUAUUCGUGCUUGCAUCAUACAUGUUCAAAUACUUCACCGAGUACCACAAGGACCCUGGCCAACUCAGCAACCGCGAUUUCACCACGUUUGCUCAGUGGAAGUUCCGCGAAUUCAACGAGCUUCCUCAUUAUUUCGCCCGCCGCCGUAAUAUGGCCUAUCCGUACGCAAAUCUCUACCUCGCCCAAUUCCCUAAAGACAAGACCGAACAGGUCUCCUCAUUUGUAGCUUUCAUCGCGGGAGCCUUUGCGUUUGUCCUCGUGGUGUUCACACUACUUGACUCAGAGUUGUUCCUCAACUUUGAGAUCACACCUGGAAAGACUGCUAUCUUCUGGAUCGGUAUCCUUAGUACAAUCUACCGCGUUGCACGUGGGAGCAGCCCUCAGGAUGAUCAGGUCACAGAUCCAUCCUACUAUCUCAACCAUGUCAUCUACCACACGCGCUACGAGCCAGAGUCGUGGCGUGAUAGGUUACACACGGACGAGGUUCGCGCCGAAUUCGCUCAACUAUACCAGCCCAAGAUUCUCAUCUUUGCCGAAGAGAUACUCAGCAUGGUCAUUACUCCUUUUCUCCUCAUCUUCCGGUUGCCCAAAUGUAGCGAUCGUAUUGUUGACUUCUUCCGUGAAUUUUCGAUUGUGGUCGACGGCCUGGGUGUAACAUGUUCCUACUCCAUGUUUCCGUCUACAAAGACCACACGCAACGCCAACAAUAUUCCCGCGAACGGAACUGCGGCCCCAAGAGAAGAUCCGGAUCUUCGAGAAGACUAUUUCAUGGCUAAAGACAACAAGAUGAUGGCAUCAUACUACGGCUUCUUGGACACGUACCAGAACUCUGGGCGUGGCUACAAUGGUCGUCUUCAAGGACGGGGCCAGUUCAAUCCUCCACCACAGUUCCCAAAUAACUUUGGCUCCAUGUCGCAGACCGCUCAGCCAGUAGAGAUGGGCGCAAGAGGAACAAGUAGAGGUCCGACUGGACGCCAGAAUCCCCAGCAGAGGACACCAAGACAUAGAACAGGUACUAGGGAUGAGCCCAUGAAUUCUGUUCUUCUCGAUCCUCACCACCAACCCUCUUCUGCGUCGGUGCUGCGCGGUUCGCCACGUCAAGCGCCACAUGGCAGGUACCGAACGCCUCUCCAAGCAGUUCCGGAUGGACCUGGACCGUCGAAUACACGUAUUGAAGAGGAAAGCACACUGGGCGACUCUUGGCGAACAAGUCGCCUUGCGCAGGAUGACGAGGAAGAAGAGGAGGAACCAGGCAAUAACCGUGGAGGUGUACUACAGCUCUUGCAGCAGUUCUCUCGUGCACAAGCUGAAGGACGAGGUGCUGGUGUUGGUGUCUAGAUUCUAUUUUUGUAUUGCAUUUGCCUCUCGUCAUGUUGAGGAUGGAAUGGCGUUUGGCAACGGGCGUUGUUGGGCUGGAAACUUAUACCACAAGUCAUACGCAUAUUACAAGUAGAAAUCGACUACAAUUGUUCAGUUACAAGAGU